AACGGCCGGGCGAGCGGGCGAGCGAGCUCGCGGGUGGAAGAGCGAGCAAGUGAGUUCGCGGGCCAAGGAGCUGGGUGAAGACGCGGGCGAAGGCACGGCGAAGGAGCGACGAAGGAGCGGCGAAGGAGCGGCGAAGGAGCGGUGAAGGAGCAACGAAGGAGUGACGAAGGAACGACGAAGGAGCGACGAAGGAGCGACGAAGGAGCGACGAAGGAGCGGUGAAGGAGCGACGAAGGAGCGACAAGGAGCGGCGAAGGAGCGACGAAGGAGCGACGAAGGAGCGACAAAGGAACAACGAAGGAGCGCCAUAAGAGCGGGCUAGCUUGCGGGCAACGAAGGUCGCGGACGAAGGUGCGUCCACCGGGAGACAGCGCCACCGCUGCGGGAGGAUGGCCACCUCGGCGCAGGCGGUGUUCCGCGUGUGCACGCACCUCUGCGUGCCGGCGUGCGUCGUGCUGGCCGGCGCGUUGGCCGCCUCCCUGUCGGGCUGCCGGCGCCGCGGGGCCGGCUCCGCGCACCGCCGCGCCCUCGCCGCGCACAUCGCCACCCUCUUCUUCGUGCAGCUCGCGCGCACGCUGUAUCUCUUCCAGGCCAUCCCGUGCCCCGACGCAGUGCCUGUACAGAACUACAUCGAACUUUCAGCUUGUUGUUGGUUGCACACUAUCUGCAUAAAUUUUGCACUUAGCUUCCGGAGUAACCACAAUGCUAGAGACAGUUACAUCAGCAUCCUUUUCGGUCUAGCAUACGCGUGGUGCACUCCAAUGGUUCUUCUGGUCACCUUAGAACGUCACGUGGAAGGGAAAUGGUUAGCCUUCCCAGAUCUCCUCUACGAUAUUAAAACAUGUUUAUUUGAUGGUAUGUAA